UGGUAGAUUCUAGAAAGCCAUAGACAAUUCCAAUGGCUCUGCUUACUUUUCCAAUUAUAAAAGCACUUCCAUCUGACUAAUUCGUUAUUUCGUUCUGUAUUUUCUAGCAAACGCAUCGCCUCUAUUUCGCUACCUUUCUCAGGGUCAUCCAUUUCUUAUUGUCGGUGAUUUUGCUUCCUUGAGCAAUUGAAGAUAAUAAAAACAACUGUUGGUCGAUUUUUUGAGCUAUGGCUGAGGAGGGUCACAAGGUCACUUUGAAUGUUUAUGACUUGAGCCAAGGUCUAGCGCGGCAACUUUCCGGUGCCUUCCUUGGAAGACCAAUAGAGGCCAUAUGGCACACAGGAAUUGUUGUGUAUGGCAAUGAAUAUUAUUUUGGUGGAGGUAUUCAACAUAAUCCUGCUGGAAGAACUCCAUAUGGAAAACCAAUGCGAUCGAUAGAUUUAGGAACGACACAUGUCCCCAAGGACGUCUUCGAGAUGUACUUGGAGGAAAUCAGCCCUCGGUACACCACCGAAACCUAUAGUUUACUCUCACAUAAUUGCAACAACUUCAGUAAUGAAGUUGCACAAUUUUUAGUCGGUGCAACCAUUCCUGAUUACAUUCUUGACCUCCCUAACAUAGUUAUGAGCAGUCCCAUGGGUGCCCUCGUAUUGCCCAUGAUUCAGAACCUGGAAGCUACAUUGAAGGCAGGUGCAGUUCCAAUGGCUCCGCAGUUCAAUCCUGCUGCAGCUAAUGUCCCUAGAUCAUCAUCGUCAUCGGGUUCUAAUAGCUCUAGGACUCGGGAUGAUAUCAAAGCAAAGUCGGAGGAAGAUGAAGCCAAGCCACUUAAGAAGACAACACCUGCAGGACAGCAGAAAUCAAAUACGAAUGGGAUUGCCGACCCACUUGGAGAUGCUCGUAGUAAGGUGCAGGAAGAGAUUGGUAGAGAAUUUGCGGCAAUCAUGGCAACGGGGACAUUGCGUGCGAGUGAAGCGGCAGCAUUGGCAACAAAAAGAGUGAUGCAGAAGUAUGGGCAUGCUACCCUUUCUCAAGGGUAGUUACUAUCAUAUAUGAUUGAAUUAUUAUUUGACUGUACGUUUGCAGAGAAGGGAUGUAUUAUUUUGUGGGUUUAAAGAUGACCCAACAGCCAUGCAAAACCAUACGAUAUUAAUUAUAGAGGUAAAAGCAAACCUAUGUUACUGGAUGGAUUGGUCUAGGAAAGGAAGUUGUGGAAAACUGAAGUAACAUUUUAGUCUCUGCAUAUGGAAAUCUCUAUCCCAUUUCCUUGUCUGAGGGAAGAACUAGCUGACUCUUAAUACAGAAUGCUUUAGAAA